AUGUUCAAUAACAGGCACUGGGUAUUCAAACAAGAUUCUGCGCCAGCUUACAGAGCGAAGAGCACACAACACUGGCUGGCGGCGCGUGAAAUCGACUUCAUUCGGCACGAAGACUGGCCCUCCUCCAGUCCAGAUUUGAAUCCGUUAGAUUACAAGAUAUGGCAAUAUUUGGAGUCACUCAAGACAUCCUUGAUUAAGGCAGCCGCCGAUAUUGACAUGGACCUCGUUCGUGCUGCGAUAGACGACUAG